CUUAAGCUCAUGGAGGAAAAAAAUUUAGAGAAGAAUGCCGUGGAGGCAUUUAAACAAAAAAUGGAAAAGAAGAAGCAAGAAUAUUUAAGAUUCAAUUUAUCAAGAAAUGGUGAGAAUAUGAAGGAAGGGGAUGAAAAGAAGAAAGAGAUUGAUAUAAAUAAUAACCAUAAUUUCAAUAUUAAUAAUCAUCAAGUGAAUGAUAAUCAUAUUAAUAAUAAAUAUAUAAACAAUUAUAUGAAUAAUAGACAUAUUAAUAAUAUCCAUGUGAGCAAUAACCAUAUUAAUAAUAUCCAUAUGAGCAAUAACCAUAUUAAUAAUAACCAUAUAAAUAAUAAUCAUAUCAAAAAUAACAACGAUAUUAAUAGAAAUAAUUCGAAUAGACAUAAGAAUAGAAAGGUAGUAUAUAUAGAAACAUAUGAUACUUAUGAUAAAUACAUUUUAAAUAUGUAUGAUGAAGAAAAUGAGAUUUAUGAAGAUGAAAUCAAUAGAGAAAAUGUCGAAUCAAGAACACCAAAUGAAGGUAUGGAAUUUAACAGAAUAGAAAAACGUGAAGAGAAUAUAUUUAUUCCUUUAAAGAUUUUAUCUAAUAAAUAUGAUUUUAAUGAUUUAGUAGAAGCAACAAAUAAUUUUUCAGAAUAUAAUAGAAUUGCAAAAGGAGGGAAUGGAACAGUAUAUAAAGGUGUUUUAAAGAAUUGUAUAAAUGUAGCUAUAAAGGUAUUAAAAAAAAAUGAAAAUAAUGGUUUUGAAAAUGAAAUAAUUAUUAUGAGUAGAUAUCGACAUAAUAAUAUUUUAUCUUUAUUAGGUUAUGCUAUGAAUAAAAAUAAUUUUUAUUUAAUAUAUGAAUAUGUUAAUCUAGGUGAUUUAAGAACAUUAUUAUUUAAUCAUUAUUAUUAUUAUAAUUCAAAAAACAAAGAAAAUCCAGAAUUAAGUUAUUAUAAUAUAAGUUGUUAUGAAAAUUAUCUACGUAAAAAAAAAAGUUCUUCUUCUUGUUCUUCUACAAAUUAUUAUACUUCAACGUUUUAUAAACAAAACAUUUUCCCAUAUUUCAAUAAUUCAAAAUAUUCUCCAUUUCAACAAAAUUCAUUUGAUAAUAACACACCUCUAUUUUUAUCAUUUAAUAUAAGAAUAAAUAUAUUAGUACAAAUAAUUAAUGUCUUAUGUUAUUUACAUACAUCUUCUCCUAUUGUAUAUCAUAGAGAUUUGAAAUCUGCAAACAUUUUAAUAGAUGAUCAAUUUAAUGCUAAGCUUGGUGAUUUUGGGCUUUCCUUUGUUUACAUGAACAACAACAAUGUGUUUAACUUGACAGGAGGAACCCCAGGAUAUGCAGACCCCUAUUAUAUAUCUACUCAUGAAAUUAAUGAACAAACAGAAAUUUAUUCAUUUGGUGCCCUCAUAUUAGAAAUGUUGGUAUCUAAAUCACCUGCUAUUCAUGUAGGAAAGAAUUACAAUUGUAUUUAUAGUAAAAAUGAGAAAUGUCCGAUUUUUUAUCAUAAAAAGAAACAUGACCAUGAUGAUAACGUUUUUGAUUAUUUAGUUAAUCAUUUAAAUAUGAGUGAUUACAAAUCAAUUUAUUCUAUUUUAGAUUACAGCGUAAAUUUCCCUGAUUUUCUGGUAGAGAAAUUAACAAAAUUAUCCUUUCUUUGUCUGAACCCUAAUAUAAAGAAUAGACCAUCUUCUAAACUAGUAAAUUUAAUAUUAUUAGAAAUACAAAAGGAAUGCGAUUUAUUCAUGAAAAAACAGCAAGAAACAUUCAAACGUAAAUUUAAUUGUAUUAAUAUGUAUUUGGAAGAUAUGGAAAGAGGAGAACAGAAACAAAAUAAAAAAAAAAUAUACAACAAUAAUAAUAUUAAUAGUCAUAAUAAUAGUUACAAUUCUAAUAUUAUUCAGAAAAAUGAAACAAAAUUUUCAGAAUCCAAAGGAAAUAAUAAAAAUAAAAAAUUCAAAACUGAAGAUUCUAAUAAGUUAGAAGAAAAUUAUAAUAUUUUUCUAAAAAAAAUUAAAGAAAUAAAUUAUAAUACUUUGAAAAAAAGUUUCUAUAAUUUUGUUUAUCCUAUGUUUAAAAAUGAAAAUAUAUAUAAUUUUAGUGAACAUAUUAUGCAUAAAAGAAACAAAAAAUGUCCAGCUGAACAUAUUAAACAACAUAUGGAAAAUGCAAAAAAGGUUUCAUCAACAAUCCAAUAUAAUGAAUUAAAUAUGAAUGACAUACCUACACCAGAUUAUAUCAGAUUUAAAUACAAUACAAUUAGUAAUUUGUGUAAUAUAAAAGAAUGUAUAUUACACAGAAUGCAUAAAGACUUUUUCAGUAAAAAUUAUAUUUUAAAUUCUUUCUCUUUUAAUUUAAUGAACUGUUAUUUCUUGAAAUUUAUUUCAAAUUAUUUAAAGUAUGUAAACAUGCCUAAUGGUUCUAAUUCACUUCUAAUCAAAGAUGAUGAUGAUGAUGAUAAUGAACAUGAUGAAGAAGAUUAUGAUGAUGAAAAACAAGAAGGGGAAUAUGAACAAGUGCAUUUGAGUAAAAAAAAAUAUAUAGAAGAUAAAUAUAAAGAGCAAAAGCAUAAAGAGAAGACACAUAAAGACGAUAUACAUGAUGAAGAAAAAUAUAAAGACGAUAUACAUAAUGAAGAAAAAUAUAAAGACGAUAUACAUGAUGAAGAAAAAAAUAAAGACCAUAUACAUAAUGAAGAAAAAUAUAAAGACGAUAUACAUGAUGAAGAAAAAAAUAAAGACCAUAUACAUAAUGAAGAAAACAAAGAAGGAAAACUUAGUUCUUCCUUUAAAACACCCAUUGAAAGAUUAUUUAAAAUUUAUCAAGAAGAUAUUCAUAAUAAUAUGAAUAAUAAAUUGAAGAAGAAAAAAACGAUGAAGGAACAAAUACAGCAGAAGAAGAAAAAUAAUAACAUAAGCAAUAUUAACCAUAUUGAUAAUAGUAAUAAUGUUGAUAAUAAUAAAGAAAAUGUGAAUAAUAGAAAAAACAAACAAAUGAACCUUGAGGAAAAUAAUAUUUAUAAUAAUAAUAAUGCUGGUAAUAAUCACAAUAUAUAUAAUAAGAAUAUUAAUUACCAUAAUAAUAUUUCUAAUAACCCUUUCAAAGGUAUAGAGAAAGAUUAUAUUGACAAAAAUAAUAUGAUUAAUGUAAUACCUAAAUGUCCUGUAAAGAAUCCAAAUUUAAAUAAUAUAUAUGUUAAUUAUGCAAAUAAUCAAAAUGAUGUUAGGUAUCAUGUACUAUUUAAUAAUAAUGAUUAUCUUCUAAAUAAUCAUAAUUUUUUAGAACCUAAUCCAGAUCAUAUAAAUAAUAUUAAUAACAAUAAUAAUAAUAAUAAUUAUUAUUAUUAUAACAAUAAUCAAAUAUAUAUGAAUAAUUGUUAUAUGAAUAAUAAAUAUAAUAAUAUGAAUAUGGAACAUAUGAAAAAUUAUUAUAACAAUGGAUAUAAUAACGAAUAUUAUAACCAUAUUAAUUUAAGUAAUAUACCUUAUAAUAAUAUUCAAUUACAAAAUGGACAUUUUCAUAAUAUAAAUAUGAAUAAUCAAAAUAUGAUACCCUUUCAAAAUAUAAAUAAUACUUUAUAUGCUUCAAAUCAAGUCAAAAUAAAUAAUGAACAUAUUAUUAAUGAUGUGGAUAAUAAUAUAUGUAAUAAUAUGCAGAAUAUAUCAAAAAAUGUAGAUAAGUCAUCUUCUGAUAUUAAUCAUGAAAUAAAUGAUGCUCAAAAUAUAUUAUCCAAUUCUAAUGAACAGUAUCUAAAAGGUAACUAUAUAAAAAAUAAUACACCCAAAAUAAGUUUUCAUUUUAAUAAAGAAAAAAAUAAUGAACAGAACAUUAAAGAGGCUUGUUUAAAUGAUAAAGAAAAUAUAUCAAAGAAUUUAGAAAAUUUGAGAAAGUUACAUAAUGAUAUACAAAAGGAAAAAGAUGUAAAUAAUAUUAAAGAAACCGAUGAAGAUACUUAUUUUAAUAGUUCUUCUUUAUUAAGAGAUUAUAAUAUCCAUAAGAAAAAUAUGAAUAAUAAUGAUUUAUUAUUAUCAGAUGAUAAUUUUAUGAUGAGCCCUUAUGAUAAUAUAAAUGAUACACAUAUAUUAUAUAUUUCUAAUUUUGUUAAUUUUAUUAAUUUAGAAAAUAAUAAAAAUAUAAAUGAUUCUAAUACAUGUGCAUGGUUUAAUAAAUAUGUUUUUGAAGUAUUAAUUGAUGAACAUAAAUUUUUUUCAUCAGUAACAUUUUUAGAUAUUUUAUAUGAAUUUAAUGUUUUCAAUGUAAAAAGAGAUGGUCAUGUAUUUAUAGAACAUGAUAAUGAAUAUGUAUUACAAGGUAAAUGGUGUGAUUACGAUCCUAAUAAAAAUAAUUCUACUUCUGUUAAUUUUGAAGAGAAUUUUUGUUUUGAAAUAGCUAUAUCUGAAGAUAUUGAAAAUAAUACACAUAGUGUUUUUCUAUUAAAAUCUAAUCAAUUAAAACAUACAGAUAAUAUACAAAAUGAUAAUACAAUAACUAAAAAAAUUUGGGUUUCAGAAUAUCUAGGAAGAAGAAAUGAAUUCCUUGAAAAAAUUUUAAAAAGAAAUAUAUCCAAUAUAUUAUAUGAAUGUAUUAGUAGAAAACAUUGUUUAUUUCUAUUAGAAGUACUUAUGAAAAAAAUAAAUAAACCUACAUCUUAUGAUAAUAAAGUAAAAGGAAAUUUCUCUUAUUUUUAUUUUGAAUAUAAUAUAAAAGUUCUAUGUAAUAGUGAAAACUGCAUAUUUACAAAUAAUCAUAUAUUACAUAAAAAUAAUACAUAUUCAUAUAAACUACCAAAUAAUAUCUUAUCUUUACUUGUCUUUUCUGAGGAUAAAUUGAUCAAAGGAAAAUAUCACCCUGAAAAUCAAAUAAACACAACACAAAAAGUGCAUUUUCCUCUUUAUCCUUUUUUUGUCAAUAUUAAUUUUUAUAAUGAAAAAUAA